GCAUUUGACGUGAAUUACCUGCCGCUUUACAUAAGCCUGGGAGAACUUCAGAUUGAGCUUCCACUGUUUUCCGCUUCACAGUUCAACAAAUUUAAAGAUCAGUGAUGGACAUCAAGUUUCAUCUGUUCCUUUUGCUGAGUGUUUUCGCGACCAUUGCCAGCACCGGGAACAAACGUCAGGAUCUCUUCGGAGUCGUGAAUAAUGGUAAAUUUUACAAGCGACAUCCUCCUCAACAUUCACAUGACAACUGGCUCGGAACAGCUAAACUGAUCGGAAGAACGGGCUGGACCAAUUUUAAGCACUUGUUCUUCCACCCGGACGGUACCUUGUAUGGUGUGUGGGGUAACAAGUUCUACAAAGCACCACCUCCGACCUCUGCGUCUCAGAAUUGGAUCGCUAGAGCGACGCUUGUCGGCGCCGGGGGAUGGCAAGUCUUCAAGUUCCUGUUCUUUGAUCCCAAUGGGGUUCUGUACGGGGUAACAGGUGGCAAGCUGUACAGGCGAAGUCCCCCAACACACAGCCUGGACAACUGGCUUGGAUCCGCUACACUGGUGGGAACUGGUGGCUGGAGCGUCUUCAAAUUCCUCUUCUUCGAUCCCCAAGGGAUUCUGCACGGCGUCGAAAAUGGCAAGUUUCAUAAGAGGCAUCCUCCCGUUUAUGCACAUGACAACUGGCUGGGAACAUCCACUCUCGUUGGCACCGCAGGAUGGAGCAGUUUUCAGCAGCUUUUCUUCAUGGCGGAUGGUCAGUUGUAUGGCGUUCACAAUGGCAAGUUCUACAAGCGUUCACCUCCAGCUCAUCACUUAGACAACUGGCUGGGUUCUGCGAAGUUGAUUGGCUCAGGUGGCUGGUCCGUGUUUAAAUUCCUGAUGGCUCCUCUGAAGUGAGGGACAGUCGUCAUGGUAGCAAAGAAGUCCGUUGCAUUGGAAGCAUUGUGGUCCCACAGUAGGACCAUUCCUGAUUACUUCCAACUGUAGGAUUAAAAUUUAGUCUAAACCAUGAGAUGAAAUGUAAGGGCCGAUGGAUGAAACCAAAUUUUUCGUCCUUCGAUUGAUGUAAUAAUCACUAAGCGAAAAUAAAGGGGCAUUAAAGAACAA